AUGUUCGUCAAACAUGCCUGGUUGACAUUCUAUUACGGCCUGUCACAGACUCGCGCACAGAGAUGGUUCAUCCACAUGAUGCAGUUCAUCGCUGCGGCGUUUGGCAUCAGCUCCAUCUUUGUCGUCCUGUUGCAGUGUGUGCCUCUGAGCGGCGUAUGGCGUCGAAACCUGGAGCCUCGAGAAGAGUACGCAGAUGCCAAGUGCAUCAACUUGAUGGCAUUCUUCUACUUUAACUCGAUCUUUAUGAUCGUCAACGAUAUCAUCAUGUACCUGAUACCCAUGGUGCUGCUGUGGUGGAAGGUCGAGAUGAUCCGCGACCAUCGAUGGAGUUUGUAUGCGUUGUUCGGGAUCUGCUUCCUGGUUAUCGUGGCGAGUGUUCUCAGAUUUGUCGCCGUCUACGAGGUCGACCAUACACCUAACCUCUCGGAAAACUAUGCUCUCGUCUUCCUUUGGGCCAGUGUGGAAAACCACGUCGGCAUCUGUACCGCCUGUGCCGGAGCUCUCAAGACCAAAUGGUGCACCACAUACAAGAAAGUCAGAGCCCUCUCGAUGGAUCUCAAGAACAAGUCAUGGCUUGCCUCAAUCUCGACAACCACCUCGUCGUCCGUUGCACACACCUCCCAGAGCACCGAAGAGCGCAGACUGUACGACCGAGCCAGCAGCAACGCGUCAUCCCUCGACGAUGUGCCGGCGGAUCAAGGCAAAGGCCCAUACAUGCGGAUGGAACUGGUCGAGAUGCACCCUGGCAGACGGAUCUCUUUGCUCGACAAGCAUUACGCCAGGGCCCCUCCCAUGCCGCCCCUGUCCCCGAGUGGGCUUUGA